ACUGGCCAUCUUUGCAAAUUGUGUUGCCCUUGGUGUGUCAAAACCAUUUCCCGAAGAUGAUUCCAAUGCCACCAACCACAAUCUGGAACAAGUGGAGUAUGUGUUUCUGGUCAUUUUCACCAUCGAAACAUUCACAAAGAUUCUCGCAUACGGUCUGGUCAUGCAUCCUAGCGCCUACAUCCGCAGUGGGUGGAACUUGCUGGAUUUUAUCAUUGUCAUUGUAGGGCUUUUCAGUGUGAUAGCUGAAAUGGGAGAGCACAAACCAGGAGAGGCACAUCACGGAGCAGGCAAACCAGGUGGUCUUGAUGUCAAAGCCCUGAGAGCUUUCAGAGUACUGCGACCCCUGCGCCUGGUUUCUGGUGUGCCGAGUCUGCAGAUUGUCUUGAACUCCAUCAUGAAGGCCAUGGUGCCUCUGCUCCACAUCGGUCUGCUGGUCAUGUUUGUCAUCAUUAUUUAUGCCAUCAUUGGGCUGGAGCUCUUCAUAGGCAAAAUGCACAAGACCUGCUACUAUGUAGGGACAGAGCUAAUGGUGGACGAUGAUCCUACUCCAUGUGCUUUUGCCGGUAACGGUCGCUUCUGCGUGGGGAAUAACACAGUGUGUCAGGGAGGAUGGGAGGGACCCAAUGGAGGCAUCACCAACUUUGACAAUAUCUUCUUCGCCAUGCUCACUGUGUUCCAAUGCAUUACAAUGGAGGGCUGGACUGAUGUGCUCUACUGGAUGAAUGAUUCCAUCGGGUUUGAGCUGCCUUGGGUUUAUUUUGUGUCUCUGGUCAUUUUUGGGUCUUUCUUUGUCCUCAAUCUCGUGUUGGGUGUUUUGAGCGGUGAGUUCUCUAAAGAGAGAGAGAAGGCUGUGUGUCGUGGUGAACUGCAGAUGGCCCAGGAGAAACAACAGAUGGAGGAGGACAUGAUCGGCUACAUGGACUGGCUCAUUGAAGCAGAGGACAUGGAUGAGGAUGGAAAUAAACGUGCUGUGGUGGCUAAGAAAAAAAUGAUGAAGAAAUAUGGCUGGUACAAACACAGUGAAGAUGGAGAAUCAGAUUCAGACUCUGAGUUUGAAGCAUUCUUGGAUGAUGACAGUGGUUUCUGUUCAUCUAUAAUGGCACGACUGAUGGCUAUAAGUUUUUGUGAGCAGCUGUACCACUUGAAUGUGGUCAUUAGGAAGAAUUGCCGCGUGGCUGUCAAAUCCACCAAUUUCUACUGGCUGGUGCUACUGCUGGUGUUCCUCAACACUGCCGCCAGCGCCUCUGAACACUACGGCCAGCCCAAGUGGCUCACUGAUAUACAGGAACGAGCAAAUAAGAUCCUUCUGGCUCUGUUUACACUGGAGAUGCUGAUGAAACUCUACAGCUUCGGCUUUCAGAUCUACUUCAUGGCACUGUUUAAUCGUUUUGAUUGUUUCGUGGUGUGUGGUGGAAUCCUGGAGACGGUGCUGGUGGAGAUGGAAGUAAUCCCGCCCAUCGGAAUCUCUGUGCUGCGCUGCGUCCGUCUGAUCCGUAUCUUCAAAGUCACAAGACACUGGGCUGCCCUCUCAGACCUGGUGGGCUCUUUGCUGAAUUCAAUGAAAGCCAUUUGCUCCCUUCUGCUGCUGCUCUUCCUCUUCCUCAUCAUCUUCGCUCUCCUGGGCAUGCAGCUCUUUGGUGGAAAGUUCAACUUUGAUGAAACUCAAAUGAAAAGAAGCACCUUUGACACUUUUCCAUCUGCCCUGCUCACCUGUUUCCAGAUCCUAACAGGCGAGGACUGGAAUUCUGUCAUGUAUGAUGGCAUCAUGGCGUAUGGUGGACCAGUGUUUCCCAAUAUGAUUGUCUGUAUUUACUUUGUCAUUCUUUUCGUCUGUGGUAACUACAUCUUGCUGAAUGUCUUCUUGGCUAUCGCUGUGGACAACUUAGCCGGAGAUGGUGGCAAAAAGCAAAAAGAAGAGAAAAAAGAAGAGGAUGAGGAAUGGGAAGAUGAUGAAGAAAGAGAGGAAGACGCUGGUAAUGAAAUGGACGAUUGGGAAGAAAAUGAGGAGUUUAGAGCAAUUGAAGGGCUUGAGGGUAUAGGCACUCCCAUGAAAGUCGAAAGUUUUCAACCCAAGGAGAAAAUUGUACCUAUUCCUGAUGGAAGUUCCUUUUUCAUCCUUGGAAAGAAAAACUGUCUCAGAGUUGCCUGCCACAACCUCAUUCAUCAUCAUUACUUCACCAACAUCAUCCUUGUCUUCAUCAUACUGAGUAGUUUUUCAUUGGCCGCUGAAGACCCAAUCAAAACUCAUUCUGUCAGGAACGUUAUGCUGGGCUAUGCUGAUUAUGUCUUUACCACCGUCUUCACUAUUGAGAUCAUGUUGAAGAUGACUGUGUAUGGAGCUUUCCUUCAUCAAGGGUCCUUCUGCAGAAACGCCUUUAACCUUCUUGACCUUCUGGUCGUCAGUGUGUCCCUCAUCUCUUUCUUCUUGCAUUCGAGUGCCAUUUCAGUGGUGAAGAUUCUCAGAGUAUUGCGAGUGCUCAGGCCUCUUCGAGCUAUCAACAGGGCAAAGGGACUCAAGGGCCGGUUCUACAGAUGCACUGAUGAGGCAAAACAUACACCUGAAGAGUGCAAGGGCACUUUUGUGGUGUUCAAAGAUGGUGAUAUGAACCAUCCAAUGGUGAGGGAGAGAGUUUGGGAGAACAGCGACUUUAACUUCGACAAUGUGCUGAUGGGCAUGCUUGCACUAUUCACCGUCUCUACGUUUGAGGGCUGGCCACAGCUGUUGUACAAAGCCAUUGAUGCUAAUGCAGAGAACAGAGGACCCAUCUAUAACUACCGUGUAGAGAUUUCCUUCUUCUUCGUCAUCUACAUCAUCAUCAUCGCCUUCUUCAUGAUGAACAUCUUUGUGGGUUUUGUCAUCAUCACCUUCCGUGAACAAGGAGAGGCUGAGUUCAAAAACUGCGAACUAAACAAAAAUCAGCGACAAUGUGUGUAUUACGCAUUGAAAGCUCAGCCAAUAAAGAUUUACAUACCCAAAAACCCUUCUCAACUCAAAUUUUGGAAGAUCAUCAAUUCCUCUCAGUUUGAGUACAUCAUGUUUGUGCUCAUUCUGCUCAACACGCUCGCACUGGCUGUACAGCACUAUGAGCAGUCCAAACUCUUCAACUCUGUGAUGGACAUCCUGAACAUGAUCUUCACUACGCUGUUUACUAUUGAGAUGAUCAUCAAACUUCUGGCUCUGAGACCUUAUCAUUAUUUUAUAGAUGCCUGGAACUCUUUUGAUGCACUGAUAGUGGUGGGCAGUUUGGUGGACAUCAUGAUUGCAGAGUUCAGUGGUGGAGGAGGCCAUGGUGAGGAGAAAGAUGGGGAGAGCGCCAAAGUGUCCAUCACUUUCUUCCGUCUUUUCCGAGUUAUGCGACUAGUCAAGCUGCUCAGUAAGGGUGAAGGCAUUCGAACCCUCCUUUGGACCUUCCUUAAAUCUCUACAGGCACUGCCAUACGUCGGUCUACUCAUUGCUAUGAUCUUUUUCAUCUAUGGUGUGAUUGGAAUGCAGUCAUUUGGGAAGAUAGCUAUUGACGACGAUACUGAACUCAGUCGGAACAACAAUUUCCAAACCUUUUUCAUGGCUGUACUUCUGCUUUUCAGAUGUGCAACGGGUGAACAGUGGCAGCAGAUCAUGCUUGCGGCACUGCCAGGACGUCGGUGUGACCCAGAGUCUGACAUUGAGCCAGGGGAGGAGUACAGCUGUGGAAGCAACCUGGCGUACCUCUAUUUCAUCAGUUUCUUUGCACUCUGUGCCUUCCUGAUCAUUAACUUGUUCAUCGCUGUCAUCAUGGAUAACUUUGAGUAUCUGACUAGAGACUGGACUGUGCUGGGCACUCAUCACCUCGAUGAGUUUAAACGAGUCUGGUCAGAUUACGACCCAGAAGCCACGGGAAGGAUCAAACAUCUAGAUGUAGUCACCAUGUUGCGCAGAAUUCAGCCUCCGCUGGGCUUUGGGAAACUCUGUCCACAUCGAGUAGCGUGUAGGAGACUGGUUGCUAUGAAUGUGCCUCUCUAUCCUGAUGGCACUGUGUCCUUCAACGCCACCCUGUUUGCUCUCGUCAGAACUUCACUCAAGAUUAAAACAGACGGCCCCAUUGACCAGCAGAACGAGGAGCUGAAAGCUAUCAUCAAGAAGAUUUGGAAACGUACCAAACCCAAACUGCUGGAUGAAGUUAUACCUCCCCCUGCAGGGAAUGAGGUGACUGCAGGAAAGUUCUAUGCCAGCUUCCUGAUUCAGGACUACUUUAAAAAGUUUCGUAAGCGAAAGGAGAAAGAGAGGAAGAAGAAAGGCAAGGACAAGUCAGCCUCUCUCCAGGCUGGGUUACGCACACUACAGGAUCUGGCCCCAGAGAUGCGUCUGGCUAUGGCAAUGGAGGAUGAGGAAGGGCUGGAAGGGCUAGAGGGGGAGAUGAUGGAAGAAGAAGACUUCUUCAGGAGUGACAGCGUCUUCAGUGAUGCUCCUCCCACACCGGUCAUGUCCACCCCUAGAAGCACCCCUAUGCCCCCACAUCUGGACGAGACCUCAGUGAGCAUUGAGCUUCCUCCUAGAAUACGCAAUGGGAGCUUAAUGCUGGAGGAGGCUCUGUUGGAGUCCCGUCCGGCCUCCGCCCUAUCCGAAAACGAAGUGAUAAUUGAUCAGCCUCAGAGGUUGUCUCCCCUGCCCAGUAGGUGGGCCUCCAGUCACAGCAAACUCACCCCAUUUUCGAUGCUGAAUACCAACCAAAGGAAUGAUACAACUAGUGCUUGUGAAUAUAUUCCUCCCCCAUCUCCGGAUGGAGGAAUGCAAAAUGGAGGAGUCGCAGGAGGGGUCGUCAUUCCAGGAGGAAAUGGAGAAGCAGUCACUGGAGAAGCCAUACAAGUAGGAGGUGGAGGUGAAGGAGUGAUGGGAGGAGCAGUCACAGGAGGAGGAGUUACAGAGAUGCCAAACCCUCCAGAGCAAAGUGCUGUUAGCAGGGAGGACCCUCAUAGUGCUGUCUCACAUGAUAGACAGUGGUUUCCUGAGGUUCCUCCGGCGCAAAUUGCACCACCCAAUGGGAGCAGUGAAUGCGUGGCCCCAGUUCAGCCCAUUGACAAUAUCAGCAAUAGUUACCAAGGCAACAGCCAAGGUGUUGGUGGCUACAAUGGCAAUGGUUACCCUGGAAAUGGCUACAAUGGGGAUGGUACCAAUGGGACUGAUUAUCCAGGGAAUCGUUACUCCAGCAAUGGCUAUAGCAGCAAUGGCUACAAUGGUAAUGGUUAUCAUAGUAAUGGAUACAAUGGUAACGGAUACAACAACAAUGAACACAAUGGCACUGGUUUCGCUGCACGGCGACGCAUGCUUCCCCCAACUCCCUUAGGCCGAAAGCCAAGCUUUAACAUCCAGUGUUUGAGAAGGCAGGGCAGCAAUGAGGAUCUCCCAAUCCCAGGCACUUACCGCCAAAAUUCCCCACCCUGUAGGGCACGAAUACAGACGCAAAACAGCUUCGACUCACGGCGGAGCAGCAUUUCAUCUGCGGUUUCUUCGGCCUCUUGGGUGAACAACCAGGCCAGGCGGGGUCCUCUCCUCUAUGCCCCCCUUAUUCUAGUGAACGAGAUGGGGGGCACUCAGGCAAUGUGGGGUGACGCCAAUGGCAGCGCCAGCCUGCCGGCGUCGGCCCGUCCCGGGUGGAUUAGCAGUGGAAUGGCAGGUGUAGCCCAGCAGCCUCGGGCGUACACCACUCUCAGAGUGCCCUCCCAACACAGUUCCGGAUACAUCGAGAAGGGAAGCGCUGACAGCCUUGUGGAGUCGAUCCUGAUCUCUGAAGGCUUGGGUCUAUAUGCAAAAGACCCCAAAUUUGUUGACUUUGCAAAACGGGAAAUUGCAGGUGCCUGUCACAUGACUAUUGACGAAAUGGAGAGCGCUGCAACUGACCUUCUAAGUCAAGGGAGGACAGGGCAACCAAUAGGACGCCUCGAGGAGGAUCUGUCUGAUGAGAUGAACUGUGUUAUAACAUACUAAAUGGGUUUCAGUUUGUUGGGGGAAGCGGAACUUAAAUUGUCAUUGUGAUUGUGAUGUUCUCUGCAUCACUAACUCAAAUACAUUCACCUCUUCAUGUUCAGAUCGUUUGAGCAGAGUUAUAUUCAAUUCCUUCAGUAGAUAUAAGGAACUUGUGACCACAAUGACCUGUAUAUCCCGAUUGCUUUGCACAUAAGUAAGAGCCUAACCAGACCACAAGAUGAGCCUAUAUACUCUGUGAUUACGAAUCCUGAAGCAAUUUCUGAAAAGAUAUCCAGAUAGACUUUGUGAGAUCAUAAUGGCAGCCUCUAAAUUUGGUAAAACAAUUGAGAUUUGGUCAAACUUGCCCAUUUAUGUUGAAUGUAUUUGUGCUUGUGGAAGUUUUCAUUUUUCAUAAGAUUAAUUAGCCU